AACAUGUCAAGAGGACAAGCAGAGAUACCACUCUGUCCUUGUUUCACUCUGAAACUCACGCAUCCGUCAUCUUGGCUGUAGUGCUUCCACGAUGUCUUCUGCUGGGAUUGAUUCACCUUCAGAGGCUCAGGUCAAACCUCCAAAGCAGAGAGCCAGGCCUACGCAGAAGAAGACCUGUCCCGCGCUGUCUGCCCUGAUACUGAAUGCUGUGGCCGCAGAGCGUGGGAGUGUGUCCCUGCCAGCACUGAAGAAAGCUCUUAAGGCUAGAGGAUACGACGUGACUAAGAACAAUGCCAGAAUCCUCACCUGCAUCAGACGCUUGGUGGGCAACAAAUGCCUGCUCCAGACCAAGGGCACUGGCGCCUCGGGCUCCUUCAAGAAGGCCCCCACACCUCUGAAGAAGGUGGUGAAAAAGAAGAAGGCGAAAAAGGUCAAGAAGGCCAGCGCCAAGAAAGAAACUGCCGGUCACACUGUGGUGGCCAAGAAGUCACCGAAGAAGAAGAGGAAGGCAGAGAGUCCAAAGAAAGUCAAGAAGGCAACUGCGACUAAGGUAAAGAAGGCAAAGAACCCCAAGAAGCCAACGGCAGCCAAGGCAAAGAAAGCAAAGAAGGCAAAGAGCCCCAAGAAGCCCAAGCUAGUGGUGCAAUCUAGGACCAGGUCUGCUGUCAGAAAGUGAACACUACAUGCUUCCCAGUACUGUGUUUAAUUUGUGUGGACUUAACAUCUGUAUUCAUUCCAAAAAAACUUUAAGAAGUUUGCUUAUGCUACUUUACAGCUUUAGUACAGUUUAGAAAACUGUUUUUUUUACACACAUUUUCCUGCCACAACCCGUGAGGGUCUGCACUGAGCUGAAUUGUUGGAAAUAAUAAACCUUUUCAUAAGUUA